UAGGGUUCUCCCUUGUAGGGUUCUUGUGAUUACAUAGAGUGUGAGAACUUCCAUAAGCCCUAGCUCCUCCUAUAGGCCCUCCCAACUUAGUAUAUUUGCUUAAAGCUGCUAUUGGUCUUUAUCACCUGGUACAGCAGAAGUGUUCAGAUCAAUGAAUGUUAGCUGUUAUGUGUUUGUUGUCAGUCUACCCAGCCAGAGAGGAGUGCCAUGGGGCCAGGAUCUGGGUGUCUGUUUGCUCGCUUUUGAAUUCCCUGCCUCCAGCCCAGAGACCACCCGAGGAGGCAGCCAGCUCACAAUGAGACUUAGUUUAAUGACAGAAGAGUGUUGACACCUUGGCACAGGCAGUCCCUCAGCCUGAAAUACUGUUCCCUGCCUUUUGCUUCUAGGAAGCGUUGCCUGACUCCACCGCCCAGAUAGAUCCAAGUUGGGUCAGGCACCUCCUCUUGGCUCCUGCAAGCCCCUGUGCCUCCCCCAUCCCAUCUGUGAUCUCUCUGCCUGUACCUCCCUCAUUACAGCCUGGGUUCUCUCCUGGUGAUGGGUCUGGUUCUGUGAUAAACUGGGGGCCCCAUGCCAUUAGGGUCCACAACAGAAUGCACAGUGACUGCUUGGUGCCUACCCCAAUCAGAAUGGGAGAUAGAGAGACACUAAGGGAAUGUUGAAUGAAUACAUGAAAGACAGUUCACAUUCUUCUCGGCCUCCCAACCACUCCCAGGACCUGCUGGUGGAUCAGACCAUUGAAAAGGUCUCCUUUUGUGCUCCUGACCGCAACCUUGACAAGGCUUUCUCUUACAUCUGCCGUGAUGGGACCACCCGCCGCUGGAUCUGCCACUGUUUCCUGGCACUCAAGGACUCCGGCGAGAGGCUGAGCCACGCUGUGGGCUGUGCUUUUGCUGCCUGCCUGGAGCGGAAACAGCGGCGGGAGAAGGAAUGUGGGGUCACGGCUACCUUCGAUGCCAGCCGCACCAGCUUUGCCCGCGAGGGCUCCUUCCGCCUGUCUGGGGGUGGGCGGCCCACUGACCGAGAAGCCCCGGACAAGAAGAAAGAGGCGGCAGCUGCCCCCACUGCGGCUCCCGGCCCUGCCCAGCCUGGGCGCGUGUCCCCGACACCGGCCACCACAUCCCCUGGUGAGAAGGGUGAGGCAGGCACCCCCGUGGCUGCAGGCACCACCGCAGCCGCCAUCCCCCGUCGGCACGCCCCCCUGGAGCAGCUGGUUCGCCAGGGCUCCUUCCGUGGGUUCCCGGCGCUCAGCCAGAAGAACUCGCCUUUCAAACGGCAGCUGAGCCUGAGGCUGAAUGAGCUGCCAUCCACGCUGCAGCGCCGCACUGACUUCCAGGUGAAGAGCACAGUGCCUGAGAUGGAGCCGCCCGGGGCCAGCGACAGCGACAGCAUCAGUGCUCUGUGCACACAGAUCAGCUCGUCUUUUGCCAGUGCUGGAGCGCCAGCACCAGGGCCGCCGCCCGCCUCCACAGGGACGUCUGCCUGGGGCGAGCCCUCGGUGUCCCCGGCAGCCGCCUUCCAGCCUGGGCACAAGCGGACCCCUUCGGAGGCCGAGCGGUGGCUGGAAGAGGUGUCCCAGGUGGCCAAAGUGCAGCAGCAGCAGCAGCAGCAGCAGCAGCAAGUGUCCUCGGUGCCUGCCGUACCCCCUCCCCUGCAGCCCUUCCCCGCCCCCGUGGGGCCCUUCGAUGCCGCACCUGCCCAGGUGGCCCUGUUUCUGCCACCCCCACACAUGCAGCCCCCUUUUGUGCCCACCUACCCAGGCUUGGGCUACCCGCCCAUGCCCCGCGUGCCCGUGGUGGGCAUCACGCCCUCGCAGAUGGUGGCCAACGCCUUCUGCUCAGCUGCCCAGCUCCAGCCACAGCCCACCGCCCUGCUCGGGAAAGCUGGAGCCUUCCCCCCACCUGCUGUGCCCAGUGCCCCUGGGGGCCAGGCCCCCCCACGCCCCAAUGGGGCUCCCUGGCCCCCAGAGCCAGCACCCACCCCAGCCCCUGAGUUGGACCCCUUUGAGGCCCAGUGGGCAGCAUUAGAAGGCAAACCCGCCGUAGAGAAGCCUUCUAACCCCUUCUCGGGCGACCUGCAAAAGACCUUCGAGAUUGAACUGUAGCCCCAGCCGCCCUGCCCACCCCAUGAUCUCCAGGUGCCCCACACCUAGGAGUUGAAGCCCACCUCUCCCCUCAUCUUGCUCCCUGGGGCUUCGCCCCUCAAUAUCCCUCUAACUCCUCCUCUCGACCACCCCCACAACCACUAUAGAACCGACAUUGUGACGCCCAGGUUUCCACAGGAUGGAAUUCAGGGACAGACCAGCCUGGCAAUGCUCCCUCCCCCACCCCAGGCACCGCGAUGGCUGUAGUCCCACGGAGCGCCCUCGGUUCAAGCUACAGUUUCCAGUUUCUGUUGUUGACCUUCCACCUUCCCCCUUCCACUGUUGGAUGGGCUGGGGGAGGGAUGUCCAUUUAGGGGCUCUCCUGGGCCCCACAUGGUUGCCCCCCCACCACACACACAGCACAAGCAAAGGGCUUCCCUCUGCCCACCUGCUGCGUUCACUGCCAAUGCUGUGCUCACCCUGUUAGCCCUCUCCCCCACUCGGCCCACAUCUUCCUUGGACCAAGGUCUCUUGGGGGCAGGGGCCAAGUUGGGGGCCCAGGAAGUGAGUUUGGGGGGAGGGCAAGGAGAUGCUCAGUUACCUCACGUUGGUGCCCCCUGGGGAGGGGCCCAGAGGAAGGGGGAGGGGUGCCUGGCGGGUACUUUUCUAUCUUUUAUUUCCAGAUUUUUUUGUAUCUAAACUUGCAGAUUUGUAUUAUACCAGGAUAGCCAAUAAAGGAAGAAUAUAAUGGUGCCCCUCAGGAAAGCGGGGUGUGUGUCUGGGAGGGACGGUGAGGUCACAGCCUUCCUCCUGAGGCGUCCCCUAAAGCAAGAGGGUCUCCCUGCAUGAUAACCCGAGUCAGAACGUAGCAGCAGGUAGCAGCUGGCCUGGCACGGAGAGGUGAGUAGUAAAGGGUGCCCACAAUUAAUCACCCCAUUUCUGAUGCUUCAGAUUUUGAACCCAGGAAUUAAAAUUCUAAUCUGCUGCUAAUAAGUUCAGUAUUAAAAUCCCUUCAAGUUAACGAGGUUUGGAAUAAUAUGAGCUGGUCGAUUCUUGUGUCAUCGAUUGUAUUCUCUGUAACCGAGACCAAAGUGUCAUUUGAUGUGGCAGCAUGUUCCAAGUCUGUCUUGUUUUGGGGCCCCUUGAUAUAAUCUACCUUAUAUAUUUUUAAAUAUAUAAAUUAUAUGCUUAACUCUU